AUGCGUCUACAAAAUGGAUCUUCUGAAACAAGUUUGAAGGAGGUGAAAGAAUUUUCAGAAUGGAUACUUAGUGUUGGAGAUGGAAAUGCAGGAGGUCCAAAUGAAGGCGAGGCCGAAAUUAAGGUGUCAAAUGAUAUACUCAUAGAAGGGAAAUCUGAUCCUAUAGCGACAAUUGUGGAAAGCACAUAUCCUCUCCUAAAGGAUCACUUGUGGGAGCCAAAAUAUUUUCAAGAAAUGGCUAUUUUAGCCCCAACAUAUGAGAUAGUUGAGAUGGUGAAUGAUUACGUACUAUCCCAUUUACCGGGAGAGGAGAAAUUGUAUCUCAGCUCAGAUGCGAUAAGCAAUGUUGAAGGCAAUUUAGUAGCGAGUGAAAUUUACUCAACUAAAUUUCUAAAUAUCAUUAGAUGUUCAGGCCUACCUAAUCACCAUUUAAGAUUAAAGGUAGGUGCACCUGUUAUGCUGUUACGAAAUAUAGACCAAACAUCUGGGUUGUGCAACGGUACGAGGCUGGUGAUUAAGCAUCUUGGGAAUCGUGUUAUUGAAGCUGUAGUCAUUUCUGGAAGUAACGUGGGGGAUAAGGUAUUUAUUCCUCGCAUGACUUUGACUCCAUCCGAUGCAACGAGAUUUCCAAUUAAGUUUCAAAGAAGGUAG